AUGGAGCCGAAGCUGCAUGAGUCACCAGGCCCGUCUGCGUCGCCCAGGCUACUUGGACGACGUGGAUCACGAGCAUCUAUGGCCGCAACUCAAACCAAACGAGAAGACAUGAACGCAGCUCUUGACCAGAUCCACACCGCGGCGUACCAAUCCGACUCGUUGACGCUUUUCAAUGACUUUACUACACCACCUGCACCGGCAUCAGCAAUAGAUGAGAAGGGGCUUUCGGAAGAGCUAUCAGGAGGACUAAGCGGCCUGUAUAGCCGUUUCAGGACCUCGGUCGGGGGAAUCGUGAGCGGUGGAACAAAAACAACGGACAGAAGUGCGGCAGAAAUACCUGCAAUCAAGAGCCCGACCUCGGAGCGCUCGAUGACCAAGUCAGUGUCUGAUUUAGCAGCUAGUUCGGGUGACUAUCAACCGUCGCAUCCCAACUCAUCCCAGGGUUCAAGGCUUCAUUCUCCAGUGGCAACACACUUCCAGAUCAGCCAGGAAGCUGCACCACAGCUGAACGCUGGAAAAGGCUCCAAGAUCUCCUCCAAAAGCGCUAGCAUAUCUUCCAAAACCUCCGUUUCUCCCUCGCCGGGAGUAAAAGCCAACAUUGGUCCACUGUCUAAAUCCACAGGCAAUUCGAUCGCAACAGAUUCUUCCAUCACCCAAUCCCAAGUGAAUGCCCUCGGUCAAAAUCGGCCUUCUAGAAGUAGCUCCGUCAACGUUCCUCAGCAGGGGCUCAAAAAUGCAGAAUCUGCUAGCAUUAGCAGUGGAAAUGGGCCCAUGGAGCCGCCUUUAAGUCAAAGCUCCUCCAUGCUCAGCCAGAACCUUUCGCACUCACCCGUACUAUCUGUUAAGACACAUGAGAGUAUUCACGAAGAGCAACAUGGCUUGGAAAGAAGUGGACCCCUUACGCCGGUCAACAAUGUCUCAGAUGUUACGCACAGAAAGUCGGUCUCUGCGGAUCAGCCGAGACCAACAGAAAAUAACUCUCAGGUGGCUGCUACACGGAGCUCAAAGCAUGCCGAGUCAAUUCCGGAGGCUGUGUCUCAUUCUCAAGAAAGCAGGUCGAACUCGCGGAUGUCUUUUGUCUAUGAUGACUCGAACUUUCCAUUGGCAUCAAAAACUCAUGCCAAGAUUGCUCCUCCGGAUAGUGGCUCAGCAUCAGAUAGCAUUACUUCCAUACCCUAUGAGGGCACAGAAGCACAUGAGCCGCCAAAGGCUCCCACUGCAAUAAAACCCGCUGAAAGACCAAAACCACUUCCACCAAGUAACCGAUUGCCUGGCUAUGGAAUUUCGCGGGCAUCCACUGCGGAGACAACCACUACAGUUGCCUCUUUGCCACCCUUGAAUACCAAUCUUGGGCGGACCACAGUUCCAGCUUCUCGUGAUCGUCGUGAGGCGUGGCACCGAGACGGGAUGCUAUCACAGCUGGGGAGUAAAUUGCUCAGCAAGGAUUUUUGGAUGCGUGAUGAAAAUGCUAAGGAUUGUUUCCAUUGUGGGGAGCCGUUCACGACAUUCCGCAGAAAGCAUCACUGCCGUACUUGUGGACAGAUCUUUGAUUCAAGAUGCACACUUAUCAUACCCGGAACCCGAUUCGGGCAACCUGGCUCUAUACGGGUCUGCAAGCCCUGCGAGGCGAUGAUCAAUGCGCAUGACGAUGACUCCUCUGAGUUUUCUGACAGCGAACAGAGUCCCAUCAUGAUAAAUCCUCGGGUAUCGGAGCUAAGUUGGGGCGGCAACAGUGCCCGCCCAUUCGCAGACGAUGAUGACUCUUCGUCGGUGAUAUCUCAAUCCAUUGACCAUGUUCUCAGAACUCCCACUAUGGCCAUACCAGCGACACGACGCGCAGGUGAGGGCCGCUCCGCCGUUCUGGAAAUCAAUCCUGACCGUCCUUUGGCAAGACCGACCUCGUCUCGAUCUCUCAGAUCUUCUUUGGGUGGAAGGCCACAUUCAAUGGGUCACAAGCGGCAUCACUCACGCCAACAGUAUAUUCGGAGUUUCAAGCCAUAUCACGAUGACCGGGCGCCCUUUCAACGCCGCCACGCAGAUGACUUUAGCACAGAGUCCCGGCUGCCUGCCUUUCACAAAGACAAUAUCAUCGACCCGGAUUUGGCUCAAUACCUUUCAGAUGAUGCGUCAAGUGGUGAUGAGCAACCAAGCUUGCUGGCAGCCGUUUCGGAGAGUCAAUUCUCAAAAAGUGGCGGUGACAGUGAACGAGUUCCUUUCGGCGGAUUGCUUGCAGCCAUGAAGAAGGGAAGAUCUGCAUUUGGCGAUCGAACCAUUCCUAGUGUCAUUCAACCCAGCCGAGAUGCAGAUGAGGUUAGCCUAAGCAGUUCGAGGGCAGUGAACUUGCCGCGUUCUUCUCGUCGCCGAAACUUGAGCGUCGCAAGCAGUGUUCAUCGUCAAUCCCCUAGGACAUCAAGAGACACGUUUCUCCAAGAUCUUCCUGUAGGGGGGAACCUCCCUGUUGCUCCGACCCAGACUGGAUUCAAGCAAACCAGAAGCUCAUCAAUGAGGGGGGUGGAAGCGCCACCAGUUGAGCUCAAUAAGGCUAGCUUGGAACACGUGCGCAGGCUUUUGCAGCAACUGUUGGCUAUGUCUUCAGUACCAAAUAUUGACAGCUGGGAGAAUGCGCUGAUGCCAAUUCUUUUGAAAGCAGCCGAUGAGGUAGACCCCGAUGUUCAGCAUGGAGACGACAUGGAUAUUCGCCACUACGUUAAAUUGAAGAAGAUUCCAGGCGGUCGGCCUGGUGAUACAUCCUAUGUCUCAGGUUUGGUGUUCACCAAAAACCUGGCGUUGAAGAGCAUGCCCAGAACCAUUUUACGUCCGAACAUCUUGAUCAUAACAUUUCCUCUUGAAUAUGCCCGUCAACAACACCAUUUCAUGAGCCUCGAGCCUGUCAUUCGACAGGAACGUGAAUUCUUGGAAAAUCUUGUCAGCCGGAUUGCAGCCUUACGCCCAAAUCUGCUGCUUGUUGAGAACAAUGUCUCGGGGCUAGCGCUCGGUCUUCUUGAACAGGCCGGGAUUGCAGUUGCGUACAACGUGAAGGCAUCUGUUCUUGAGGCUGUAUCACGUUGUACUCAAACCAGGAUUGUCACAUCCAUGGACAGACUUUUGACCACCGCUUUGCGUAGCGACUGUAUCAGCUUCGAUGUGAAAACAUACGUCCAUUCUGGACGUAAGAAGACAUACAUGUACAUUUCCGGCUGUCCAAAAGAACUUGGGUGCACAAUUGUUUUACGUGGUGGGGACGAAGAAGUGCUGGGGAAAGUGAAAGAGAUUACAGAGUUUAUGGUCUACGUUGUGUACAAUCUGCGUCUGGAAACUUGUGUGAUGAGAGAUGAAUUUGCAAAGCUUCCGACGUCAUCCAUCGAUGAUUUGAAGCAAGUGACAAAUGAGCGGGCCGAUCAGAGUCACUACCAUGGUGCCGUCCCUGAGGGUAACUUGUCUUUUGCGGAAUCGGUUUCGCCGACUACCGUGGUCGAAAAGUCUACUGAGGAACUGGCAAGUAAGGUGCCAGCGACCACCGAUGCUACUGCUGAUGUUCCGGAUGAUGUUCCGAUGCCUACAUACUUCGACGACAUGGUCCAUGAUCACAAAACAAAGAUCUUAUCAGCAUCGCCAUUUGUCAAGUUUGAACCCCCCUAUUUGCUCAUGCGCACGAGAGAAAUGGAGCGACGGCUAGCCUACUUGAAGCAGCUUCGUGACCAAGAUGGCAAUUCAGAACAAGGUGUUGAGGAGAUGCCCGCCAAGCCGCAGAAGUUCAUUCUUAUUACUCCCGAGAUGGUUCAUGAAUCUCCUCGCAAUGCUCCUCCGCAGGUUAAAGAAGUACUACGUGCAGCUCAUGAUGCGGAAUAUGACAGAGUUCUCUACCAUUACCAGACGCAAAAGCGUCAAUGGGAGGCCUAUGUGUCUGGAUGCUCUAGCAUGUUUGAUCCGUACGCUCAUCAGAACAUUGUUGUACUCUACAGCCUUGUGUGCACCACAACUUCGAUUCCUUGCUCCGGGCCUGACACUUUUGCUUUGGAGUUUUACAACGAGCAUGGGGACGAAGCGAUAUUUGAACCCGAUUGCACCAUUGGCCAAUAUGUCGAAGAAUUAUGUCAUACAGCGAACGCCGUCUGCGCAGCUAACGGAUGUGAGAAACGCAUGUUUGAGCACCAUCGCCAGUACGUUCACGGUGACGCACAGCUCAGCGUCCUGGUUCAGCCCUACCCGUCCAAACUUCGCGGCAUGCAAGAUACAGUGCUUAUGUGGAGUUGCUGCAAAGUAUGUGGACAUGAGACUCAGGUCACGCCAAUGUCAGAGAAUACAUGGAAAUAUUCAUUCGGCAAGUACUUGGAAGUAUCCUUCUGGGGAAGGAAUUUACAUGCUCGGGCUGGAGGGUGCCCUCACGAUCUGCAGCGGGAUCAUCUUCGCUAUUUUGGUUUCAAAGAUCUUGCGCUCCGUAUUCAAUAUGAUACUAUCCAUCUACUGGAGGUCAUUGUUCCUCGGCCGCGUGUGACCUGGAAAGUGGACAACGACUUGAAGAUGAGAAACGAAGUUUAUUUGCGGACCGAGAGACGUUUGAACAGAUUCAUGAUGUCCGUUCAUGCACGUUUGAAGGGCAUCAAUGUUCAAAGUGUGGUUCCCGAGUUGCUCGACGAGUGCAAGAAAGAAAUUGACCGCUUAGUCAAGAAAGCAAAUGAGAAUCAAGCUGCUUUGAUUCGGUUGCUACAAGAAAAAUACAGCGGUUCUCGCUACUGGGAAAUCAUACCCCUCAAUGAAGUCCUUCGGUCGGUGCAAGAGAAAGUGGUUGAAUGGGACACCACCUUUGCUGAGUUUGAGCAGAGCUUCUUCCCAUCUGAAAAGGACAUCAAGCGGCUUGCGACUCUGCAGCUCAAGAAAAUCUUCCUUGAUAAAGACGCCGCAUCCGUGGCCCCAGAUGAUUCUUCGCAUACUCCAACCGAUUUGGGAGACGAAAAUGUCCAAGAGAAUGAAAAGCCAAGGAUGUUGCGCCGCAUGACGCUCUCCCCAGAGAAGGCUCAAAAUGUUCUGGUCUCCGUAGUGGAGGAGCAUGCAGGCAAGAAACACCGAGAGAAAGAGCCCGAAAAUAUUGAGUUGCCUCCGUUGCCCGCGGCACCUAGCGACGAAGCUGCAUUAUUAGGUGCGGAUUCUGUCGAGAGCAACAAAUCAUCUCCGCAAGAUGAAGCUGUUUCGAAAGAGGAAGUUCGGCACCUUGACCUAGCUGUGCCUUCUGAUCAGUCUAGUCGAUCACCUCCUGAUCCGAAUUCGCCGCCUCUUGGUCGUUCUUUGACCAGCCCUGGUGUUGUACAAAUGCUUCAUGAGGCCAACGGCGCUGAAGGACCACAGGACGAUGCAUCACCUCCGCCACUGUCGCCAAAAUCAACACACCCUUCUUACGGAAACAAUAACUUUAAGGAAGGAUGUCUGUCUCGUCCACCAAGUACUCCACCAAAUAGGCCAUCGGCCAUUCCAAGAUUGACCGAAGGUGCUUUCAGGCGAGCUGGAAAAGCACGCUCUCCCCCGUUAAUACGUGCUCAGUCCCAGCCCGCACACCUUCUGAGGGACAAGUCCAUUGGCAGUACUUCAUCGGGAGGAUUUAGGACAAAUUUAACCAAUAACUCAGUUGACAUUCGAAGCGACUCCACUAAAACAACGGAUAAAAAGUUUACAGAUCGCCUCGGUCUUACAGCUCUCAAGAAUGGUCGUUUUACUUCGGGGCACUCUCUGAUUCCGCGAUCUACACCGAAAGGGCGAGGCAACACUCGCGUUUCCAGUCUUGCUAGGCAUUUUGAACAACUGAGUCGGGAGUUCGAGAAGGAGAGACAGAAGGAGAGGCGACAGCGAGCUGCUCAAAGCACUCAGUCACGUGCAUUCCCACUGGCAUCCUCAAAGCCUAUCGUGGAGGUUUACAGAAACGUCCGAGAAGCCGUAGAGGAACGUGAACCCCCGGUUGAUGGAGAGGAAUCUCCACCAUCUGUGCCGCAGCUUCCAAUGGAGGAAUCUAGCCGCAUCAGUGAGGGGUUCGCUGAUCAAAUUGUCCCCGAAGAGCCUUCUCCCAAGGCUGAUUCUCAGGAAACGCCUCCUGAUUCUUUCGAGUCUGGGGGUAUCUUCCGUUCUGACUCUCAACUUAUGUCUGAGACCGAGUUAGAGGAGAGCCCCAGCGACGAGGAUCAAGCUACAGCCGAAGAUCUCCAUCCUGUGGACUCACAAGAAGAUACAAAAAUGGCCCCGGAGGAUGAAUCGAUGGAUUUCAAGGAUCUGGCCAAGCACGAACGCACAACACUUUUGAAAAUGUUGACCAAUUUCUGGUCCGAGCGCUCUGCCAGCGGAUGGGCUGCUCUUGAUUACCCUCUAAGUGUUAUGGACCAUGUUUUUGCCGACUGCGAUAUCAUCGUACGCGAAGAUGAGCCGAGCUCCCUCGUCGCAUUUGCAUUGGACUCGUCGGACUACAAAGAGAAAUUGGCCAGUAUUCAAAAACGGUAUGAAAUGGAGGAGCAUGUCUCAGACCUUGAGGCUGACCCCGAAGUCGCCAAAGAGGCGCGAGUUGAGCACGCCCUUUUGCGGCCGACAGGUACUCACUUGAAAUACCAGUUUCAAGAAGGCCAGGCCAAGAUGCUUUGCAAGGUGUUUUAUGCGGAGCAAUUUGAUGCGCUUCGCAAAAAAUGCGGCGUGGCUGAUCGUAUUGUGGAAUCACUGUCUCGAUGUGCAAAGUGGGACUCCAAAGGCGGCAAAACCAAGUCAUUGUUCCUGAAAACUCUGGAUGAUCGUUUUAUUCUCAAGUCUCUGUCUCCCGUUGAGACCCAGGCCUUCCUCAAGUUUGCCCCAGCCUAUUUUCAGAUCAUGUCUGAGGCAUUGUUUCACGAGUUACCCUCGGCUAUAGCCAAAAUGUUUGGCUUCUACCAGGUUAUCAUCAAGAACCCUGUCACUGGAAUCGAGUUCAAUUGGUUCCUGUUGUUGAUGGAGAACUUGUUCUACGAUCGCAAGCCGAACCGUAUCUUCGAUCUCAAGGGUUCGAUGCGCAAUCGGAAGGUCGAGAGCACCGGCGAACGGGAUGAAGUGCUGCUAGAUGAGAACAUGGUUGAUUUCAUUUAUGAAACGCCUUUGUUUGCGCGUGAGCACUCCAAGAAGUUACUCGCCCAGAGCGUAUGGAACGACACCCUUUUCCUCGGCCGCCAAGACGUCAUGGACUAUUCGCUCAUGAUUGCCAUUGAUGACAAGCGCAGUGAAUUGGUUGUUGGUAUCAUCGACUGCAUUCGCACUUACACUUGGGACAAAAAACUUGAGUCAUGGAUCAAGGAUCGCGGCUUUGCUGGUGGCGGUCGCAAUCGUCCGACUGUAACCAGUCCCAGGGAGUAUAAAAGUCGGUUCCGAGAGGCCAUGGCCCGAUACGUCCUCCAAGCUCCGAGUUGCUGGCAUCAAUUACAACCCAGUGCAAUGUACCGAUACCCGCAGGGCGAGGUGUCCAAUGUCACCGAGUUGGACGUGGAUGAGAAUGCUGAAAACAGCAUCUAGAGACAGAAAGCAACAACACCAUUUCCCCUAUACAUAAGCUCCAC